UGGUGGUGUGCAUGUUUUGGAUAUGCUAAUCAAAGAAUUCAACAGCAGUUGUCAUGUCCGAGGUUACAAUGGUUAUACUCUCCUUCACUAUGCAUGCGAUGGUGGUCAUAUAGAAAUGAUAGACAAAUUAGUGCUUGAAUAUGGCCUCAAUCUCGCAGAUAAAGGUAAUGAUGGUAACACACCUCUACAUAUUGCAACCAUGAGAGGACGUGUUGAAACAGUGAGACACCUGAUUAGCAAGCACAGUGCUGAUAUUGAUUGCACUAAUAAUCAGAACAAUACACCAUUGAUGCGACCUGCACUGAAUGGUUGUGUGCAUGUUUUGGAUAUGCUAAUCAAAGAAUUCAACAGCAGUUGUCAUGUCCGAGGUUACAAUGGUUAUACUCUCCUUCACUGUGCAUGCAAUGGUGGUCAUAUAGAACUGAUAGACAAAUUAGUGCUUGAAUAUGGCCUCAAUCUCGCAGAUAAAGGUAAUGAUGGUAACACACCUCUACAUAUUGCAACCAUGAGAGGACGUGUUGAAACAGUGAGACACCUGAUUAGCAAGCACAGUGCUGAUAUUGAUUGCACUAACAACUACAACAAUACACCAUUGAUACUAGCUGCGCUGAAUGGUGGUGUGCAUGUUUUGGAUAUGCUAAUCAAAGAAUUCAACAGCAGUUGUCAUGUCCGAGGUUACAAUGGUUAUACUCUCCUUCACUGUGCAUGCGAUGGUGGUCAUAUAGAACUGAUAGACAAAUUAGUGCUUGAAUAUGGCCUCAAUCCCGCAGAUAAAGAUAAUGAUGGUAACACACCUCUACAUAUUGCAGCCGUUAAAGGACAUGUUGAAACAGUGAGACACCUGAUUAGCAAGCACAGUGCUGAUAUUGAUUGCACUAACAACUACAACAAUGCACCAUUGAUGGGUGCUGCGCUGAAUGGUCGUGUGCAUGUUUUGGAUAUGCUAAUCAAAGAAUUCAACAGCAGUUGUCAUGUCCGAGAUUACAAUGGUUAUACUCUCCUUCACUAUGCAUGCCGUGGUGGUCAUAUAGAAAUGAUAGACAAAUUAGUGCUUGAAUAUGGCCUCAAUCCCGCAGAUAAAGAUAAUGAUGGUAACACACCUCUACAUAUUGCAGCCGUUAAAGGACAUGUUGAAACAGUGAGACACCUGAUUAGCAAGCACAGUGCUGAUAUUGAUUGCACUAACAACUACAACAAUACACCAUUGAUGGGUGCUGCGCGGAAGGGUCGUGUGCAUGUUUUGGAUAUGCUAAUCAAAGAAUUCAACAGCAGUUGUCAUGUCCGAGGUUGCUACGGUUAUACUCUCCUUCACUAUGCAUGCGAUGGUGGUCAUAUAGAACUGAUAGACAAAUUAGUGCUUGAAUAUGGCCUCAAUCCCGCAGAUAAAAAUAAUGAUGGUAACACACCUCUACAUGUUGCAGCCAUUGCAGGACGUGUUGAAACAGUGAGACACCUGAUUAGCAAGCACAGUGCUGAUAUUGAUUGCACUAACAACUACAACUAUACACCAUUGAUACUAGCUGCGCUGAAUGGUGGUGUACAUGUUUUGGAUAUGCUAAUCAAAGAAUUCAACAGCAGUUGUCAUGUCCGAGGUUACAAUGGUUAUACUCUCCUUCACUAUGCAUGCGAUGGUGGUCAUAUAGAAAUGAUAGACAAAUUAGUGCUUGAAUAUGGCCUCAAUCCCGCAGAUAAAGAUAAUGAUGGUAACACACCUCUACAUAUUGCAACCUCCAUUAAAGGACGUGUUGAAACAGUGAGACACCUGAUUAGCAAGCACAGUGCUGAUGUUGAUUGCACUAAUAAUCAGAACAAUACACCAUUGAUACUAGCUGCGCUGAAUGGUCGUGUGCAUGUUUUGGAUAUGCUAAUCAAAGAAUUCAACAGCAGUUAUCAUGUCCGAGGUUACAAUGGUUAUACUCUCCUUCACUGUGCAUGCAAUGGUGGUCAUAUAGAACUGAUAGACAAAUUAGUGCUUGAAUAUGGCCUCAAUCUCGCAGAUAAAGGUAAUGAUGGUAACACACCUCUACAUAUUGCAACCAUGAGAGGACGUGUUGAAACAGUGAGACACCUGAUUAGCAAGCACAGUGCUGAUAUUGAUUGCACUAACAACUACAACUAUACACCAUUGAUACUAGCUGCGCUGAAUGGUGGUGUGCAUGUUUUGGAUAUGCUAAUCAAAGAAUUCAACAGCAGUUGUCAUGUCCGAGGUUACAAUGGUUAUACUCUCCUUCACUAUGCAUGCGAUGGUGGUCAUAUAGAAAUGAUAGACAAAUUAGUGCUUGAAUAUGGCCUCAAUCCCGCAGAUAAAGAUAAUGAUGGUAACACACCUCUACAUAUUGCAGCCGUUAAAGGACAUGUUGAUACAGUGAGACACCUGAUUAGCAAGCACAGUGCUGAUAUUGAUUGCACUAAUAAUCAGAACAAUACACCAUUGAUGCUAGCUGCACUGGGUGAUCGUGUGCAUGUUUUGGAUAUGCUAAUCAAAGAAUUCAAUAGCAGUUGUCAUGUCCGAGAUUACAAUGGUUAUACUCUCCUUCACUAUGCAUGCGAUGGUGGUCAUAUAGAACUGAUAGACAAAUUAGUGCUUGAAUAUGGCCUCGAUCUCGCAGAUAAAGAUAAUAAUGGUAACACACCUCUACAUGUUGCAGCCAUUAAAGGACAUGUUGAAACAGUAAGACUUUUGAUUACUCAACACAAAAUUGAUAUAAUCACUAAUAAUGUUUACUCUACCCCAUUGUGUUUAGCAGCUGAAGGUGGUCAUGAGAUCGCGAUUCAUGCCUUUAUUAAAGAGUUUAAAUGCAACCCACAUAACAGAGGCUACAAUGGUCAAACUCUGCUUCACUAUGCUUGCCAAAAUGGUCACGUAGAACUAUUGAAUAAAUUGGUAGUCGAGUAUAAGGUAGAUCCAUCAAUUAGAGACAACGAUGGGAACACACCACUGCAUAUUUUGUGUCGUACUCCGCAUACUGAAGAAGAGAAGCUGAGAACAAUGCUUUGCAAGUACCAGUACUGGACAGUGUUUCAAGUUAAUAAUAAUGGCAACACUCCUCUUCACACAUCAACUCUCUACGAACAAGCUCAUUGUGCACGCUUACUAUUGCAGAAGUACAAUGCUCCACUUUUUGUGCGAAACAAAGAUGGGAAGACUGCCCUUGAUCUAGCUAAAACUCAGAGAAGCCAUGAAAUUGUUAAAAUUUUCAAAAAUCAUAAUUCUGAAAUACAGUCUAUCUACCGGCAGCUAGAUAAACUUGCUAAACAAGAGUUUGGUGGUGAAAAAAACCUCACCAGAAUAUUUAUUGUAGGUCAUCCAGGUGCUGGGAAAUCCACGCUUGUUGAAACUAUCAAAACAGAAGGUUUUAUUAGCUACUUCAGCACAUUAACUGUUUCCCCUCACACUCCAGGCAUUAUUCCAAGUACUUAUGACAGUAGUGCUUAUGGAAGAAUAAUAAUCUAUGAUUUUGCUGGUGAUUCCGAGUACUACUCCUCACAUGCUGCAAUUAUGGAGUCAAUCAACACAUCAAAAGGAAGUAAUAUAUAUUUGAUAGUUUGUGAUUUGAGUAAAGGCGAAGAAGCUGCUGUCACUAAAUACAGCUACUGGCUUUCAUUUCUAUCGUACAAUAUUAAGCAAUUCUCAAACACGAUUAUCCUACCAGUGGGAAGCCACGCUGAUGUAAUCAACAAAACGUCAGUUGAACAAGUGUUACGUGUUCUUGACAGCGUAUCCCAAAAGUUCUGUAGCAGCUCCAAGAUUGAUGAUUUUCAAAUUGAACAAAGUGUUUCUCUUGAUUGUCGUAAACGAGGGGCUGUAGUAAAUUACAUAAAGGAACUCACUAAGAAAUUCUCCAAUUUAGUAUCCCUUUCCCCAGAGACAAGCACACUCUUGGGAUUGUUGAAGAAAGACUUUGAACAUGUUCCAGCUUGCAAAGUAAGCCUCCUUAUCUCUCACAUAGAAGAGACUGGAAUUCCACUGCCACUAAAUUCUUCAUUGCUAUACCUUCUCAUAAGAGAGUUACAUGAUUUGGGUCUGCUAAUGGUGAUAGAGAGAGAAGGGGACUCCAUUGAGAACCAUAUAAUAAUUCUCAAGAUAUCAACAUUCACAUCAGAUGUACACAAAAAACUCUUUUCAGAGUCUGCUAAAGCUGACCUCACCAAGCAUAUCGAUCAACUCAAGCUCAGCGUAGGCAUUAUUCCAGAAUCACUACUGGAAAGAGUACUACCAGAGUACAUCACAAAAGAAAGUCUACUUAAGUUGCAGUACUGUCAAGAAAUUGAGAAUUUGUACGUGGAAGAGGACCACAGUCUUUUUCAACUCACUUCUGGGCCAGUACCAACAGAAAAUGCCACUAAAGAGAACUCUCAUUUAUUUUUCCCUGCUUUAUGUGAUCUCAAGCUCGAGGAAAUUCAAUGGCCUAAAUCCGAAGGUGAUAAGAUUACUUUGGGAUGGUAUGCUAAAUGUGAUUGUAACAGCUUUGACUUCUUCCCAACACGAUUUCUUCAUGUGCUUAUCGUUCAUCUCUCCCACAACUUUGCAUUAAAACAAAGCUUGCCUACAAGCCACCAGAUCUCUAUAGUAACUACAGAUUCUUCUGCUGAUAAUAGUUCUUUGAUUGCAAAGGUGUAUGCUGCCAAUCCUCGCUGUCAUGUCUGGUCGACUGGUCUCCAUUGGCUUAUGAAGAACGGAGUGGAAGUAUUUGUCGAUAUGCCUAAAGAUGCAGAUAGUAAAGAUCUGAUUGUACUAGCAAGAAGUGACAUUGAAGAUAAAAUCGAAUGUUUCAACACUCUGCAACUAGUUAUUCAGAAGGUAGUCAAAGCCAAAGUUGAAUUCUGUGCUAGUAUAAUGCCUACUGUUUACCUUCUUGAUUCGAGCAAUCUCAAGGAUGAACUUUUUAGAAAUGCACCGAAAUAUGCUCUAAUAGAUAUUGAAGAAGCACUUGUAGAAGGCACUAAGCGAGUCAUGGAUAAAGAAGGACGAUGCUUCUCCACUCCUAUCAAAGAAUGGAUCAGCCCAACAAGAUGGGCCAUAUCUUACUGGAAUUUAUUUUUUCCAAUGGAUACCUUCUUGGUUCAUUCUGCUUUGCAAGAAGUAAAGGAUGCUCAAUGGAAACUGCUAGGAAUGAGUCUUCCCCCAAUCCCCUGGAACAAAUUAGAUGACAUUGACAAAAAUGAAUCAUCAUUCUCUGGUGACAUUGCUAAGAAAGAAGAAGUAAUUCGACUGUGGAUGUCUCAAGAACCCACCUGGAUAGUGUUGGUAGACGCUCUCAGUCAAUCUGCAUAUGGAUGGUCACAGAAUUCUAGUCAAAUCUCACGAGAGCAUAAUGUGCCUCUACAAAGGAACAUUCUUGAAAACGAUUCAUCUCUUCGUCCUGAUGAAGAGUUUCUCCAAUCAUUUGCUGCCAUCAUUGGCUCUCGUUGGCAGUGUCUUGCUUUUCCCCUCUCCCUCACUUCUGAAGACAUUGUGAGCAUCAAGAGAGAGACAAGAGGAGCAGAGCCGACCAGACAAGCACUCGUCAUGCUACAGAAGUGGGCAGCCAGGGAGACGGCAACUUAUGGUCAGUUGAGAGAGAGACUCCGUACACUCUCAGUGUUUCAUAUCUGAGAAAAGUAUUAUGUAGAUAAUUAUAGCUGUUUACGAUAAUGUAUCACCUUGUUUGUGUCAAUGAUUUUUCAGAACUCAACAAUUCACAAAUAAUUACUUCUGCACUUUUAUUUUUACACUUUCCAGUAUAUAUAACUUAAAAAAAAGCACAUAAUUUUGUUAGCCUUUACUAAUUUCUUAAUAUUGUCAAUUCUUAUAAUGCUUCCCGAAGUAAUUUUUGUACUGCAGCUAGAGCUUCAACUAGUGUUGUACAAAACUCCUGUAACAGCUCCAAGAUUGAUGAUUUAUAAAGCGUUGCUUUUGAUGUCGUAAACGAGAAGCUGUAAAUGACUUAUUGUCCUCUGUCGGAUUUUCCCCAGAGACAAGCUCUCCUCUGGGAUUGUGAAAAAUACUUUGACUGCAUUAAAGCUUGCAAAGUAUAUAAGCCUCCUUAUCUCUCACAUAUGAAAUUCCGCUCACACCCUAAGAGAGUUACUCGCAUCAGAUGUACCUAUAAUCAUAUAUUGUCAAAGUCUGCUAAAGCGGAUGUCACCAAUUACAUCGAUCAACUCAAGCUCAGCGUAGUCAUAAAUUAUUACAGAAUCGUUGCUGCAUGGAAAAAAGUACUACCUGAGUAUACCACAAGCUGCAGUACUCCCACGAAAUUGAGAAUGUGUACGUGGAAGAGUACCACAGUCUCAACUCACUUCAGAACCAGUACCAACUGCAUGAGAGUGCCACUAAAGAUAAAUCUCAUCUGCUUUUUUUUUUCUCUCUGGGUGGCAGGUAACAAGAUUACCCAGGAUUUUAUGCUAAUUGUGAUGUUGGCAGAUUUGACUAUUUAGAUCCUAACGAGUUUUUCAUCUCAUUUCUCUCACAGCUUUUCAUGAAAACUAAAGCUUGCUAACAAUUGCAAGCGGAUGCUCUCUAUAAUAACUUCUCAAUUUCUGAUUCUUCUACUGCUAAUAUUUCUUUGAUUCCAGAGAUCCAAUUAUGCUGCUAAUCCUCACUGUCAUGAUAUGUCUGGUCGACUGGUUUACAUUGGCUUAUGAAGAAUGGAGUGGAGGUAUUUGUCGAUAUGCCUAAAGACGCUGAUAGGAAAGAACUGAUAGUGAAAAGUGGCAACAAAAUAUAUGUGCUCUGCAUCUAGUUUCAGAAUGUUGUGGAAACAAACUCCUUCUUGAUCCGAGCAAUCUCAAGGAUGAAACUUUUACGAAUGCUAGAAAUGCACAUAAAAUAAUAUGCUCUAAGAGUAUUGAUGCAUGAAGCAUUAGCAGAAAGAACUAAGCGAUUCAUAAAGAAGGACAUUACUUCUCUAUUCUGAUAAGGGACAAUGCUUCUCUACAUCUGAUGAAGAUUGGGUCAUCCCAAAAGAUGGACUACAUCUACUGGAUCAAGAUAUACCCACAACUCUUAAUGUUGCGCAGGUACUGAAAAUGCCCCACUUCAAUCAAAGAUUUGAUCAGCUCAGGUGAUAUUCUACUGGAGUAAACAGCAUUCAAACCCAACAUUUAAUUUAUGAGCUUAAUUAUUUCCUUGUACAGAUUUGUUGUUUCCGAUCGAUGAGUCCCUGAUUGACUCUGCUUUGAACUGCUUACAGGGAUGAAUAUUUCAAUCCAUUGGAAUAACUUUUUAAACGAAGCAUCAUUCCCUGUAGCCUCGAUCCCAGGCCGAUCCGUCUCUUAUUGAACGCUAUAGGUCGCCUCCGAGCUACAUUCCCUGGUGAUAUUGCCAGAUAGUAUAAUUCGACUGGAAAGUCUCAAGAACCCACCUGGAAAAUAUUAGUAGAGGUUCUCGCAGUCAACCCACAGGAUUGUCCAACAAAACAAGUCAAAUCUCACACGAGCACAACGUGCUUCUACACAAGAAAAGCAAUCAUUUGUCCGAUUCCAAUCAUUUGCUGCCAUCAUUGGCUCUAGAUGGCAGUGUCUUACUUCUCCCUUCUCCCUCACUUCUGAAGACAUUGUGAGCAUCAAGAGAGAGACAAGAGGAGUAGAGCCUACCAGACAAGCACUCAUCAUGCUGCAUGGUCAUGCACUUUUCAUGUUCCAUAUCUGUACCACAUUAUGUUAGAUUUAGCUGCAUGCAUUCAAUUGCACUUACAUACUGUAGAUAUAGCUGUUCAAUUCAACACAUGUUUGUGUCACUGAACUUUCAGAACUCAUGCCUUGCCACUUAAGCAAAAAUUACUUUUACACUUCCAAUCGUUACUUUUUCUACUGUGUAUAUGCAACAUCUUACGUCCUUCAAAAUUAGCACAUUUUUGUUACUACUGUACAGUUAUUCUAAUGUUGUCAAUUCUGACAUGAAUGAAAUGAAUUU